AUCAACAUGGCUCGCUUCCAUAGAUUUCGCUAGCCAUUUUAGUCAAUUGAAAAAUCCCAAAAUCUGAGAGUUUGAGUUAUCUACUCGAAUUUCAAAUGACUCGACCAAUAAAACAAGUACUGUAGCUACAUACAGUAAUUCCUCUUCCAGGUUUCUUGCGUCUUUGUUAACCAGCUAGCUAGAUAACGUUAACUGAGUCUGCCAUCCAGAGCUACCCUUGUUCAGCUGUCUAGCUAUCUUGAUUUGCCUGGCUACACUCUUCACAGUCUUCAGUGUUUGUUUUAAGUGACAUCCUCCUCUUCACCACCCCACCUGAUUGACAGCAAAGAAGUGCUUCUCUCCUUGGGACUCGGUGUAACCCUCCACCCUAUCUACCCCUGUUGCCCCCAGAGCAGGGGGUAAGGACACCACAGUCGCCACAAUGCUGGAGUCUGUAAGGAACACGUUUCACGCCCAGCUGGCCACCGUCAUGGACUCCCUGCUGGCGGCAGCGGUGUGUGAGAUCGCAAAAAUCUUUGAGAGCAGUCUGUGUGAGCAGCAGGAGGAGCUGACACAGAGAGGAGAGGAGAUCACAGGCCUGAGGGGGAGGCUGGAGCGGGCAGAGAGGAGGCUGAAGAAGGAAGGAGAGGAGGAGGAAGAAGGAGAGGGCCUACUGGAUGUGGUAGAAGGACCAGUGAGAAAAACAGGAGGAGAUGGCAGCCCGGGGCAGCAGUCUGAACCAAGAGCUGGUUCAAGCUGGGAUUCGGAUGCGGCCUCUGAGACCCCUCCACUGGUCCAGGACAGCGGAUGUAAGAAGUCCCACAGGAUGAAAAAGGAGAGAACUGAGCUGGAGGGGUCCUCCAUCAAAGAAGAGCUUAAACAUUGCCCUCUUCCACAGUUCGAGGAGCCCCACCCUGCCCCUGUGGAGGGGGAGGGCCAAGGGCCAGGGAGGAGCUCUUCUGCUGGGGGUCAGAGGCUGGGGGAACCCUUGUCUGACACAACAGGGACCAAGGCAAAGUUAUCUCAUUGGGAGGGAGACCCUAGACCUCUUCAGAGCCAGAGCUCCACCUCCUUCUUCCAUGGCCCCCGAGUUGGACAUUUCUCUCCCAGACCCGACCACAGGUCUCCUGGGCUUGACCCCUGGGCCAGUGGGGUUCCUCUAGAGCUUCAGGAUCCAAGUUUCCUGGACCAGAGCCCAGACCAGGUACUAGAGCAGAGAGAGCCCCGGCAGUCACAGGACCAAACCAACCAAUCCCAGAGAGGCCUGAGACCAAGAGACGACAGAGGGAGGGGCCUAGUUCAUCAGAACCGCUGGUCAUUGGCUGCCAAGGAUCCAGUCAGACCACACCCCAACGCACAUGCUCAGAAACACGCACAAGGUCACGCACACACACUGGGCGGGGCGAGACCCUACACUUGCCCGUACUGCGGCAAGAGCUUCAGCUACCCAUCCCACCAGCGCAGGCACCUGCUGCGCCACACAGGGGUGAGGAUGUACCCCUGCUUGGUAUGCGACAAGAGCUUCCUGACUCCGUCAGAGCUCACGGUGCAUACCCGCGUCCACACAGGGGAAAGGCCGUUUGGCUGCACCCAGUGUGGAAAGCGUUUUGCCCGCAGCGGGAACCUCCGGGCCCACCAGCGAGACGUCCACCUGGGGAAGAGACCCUUUGUCUGCCAGGAGUGUGGCAAGAGGUUCGCCCACAGGGGCAACCUGAGGGUGCACUAUCAGAGGGUACACCAGGGCCUGCCAUACCAUGAGGAUGAGUAUGACCAGGAUGGCAACACUCUCCCCUCUACUGGGUUAUGUCAGACUUCUGCCGACCUGUUCGAGGAAGGCUCCACACCACUCUCUCACUUGAGUAUCUUACCUAAUCUAUCUGCUGCCUUUGACACUGUGAACCAUCAGAUCCUCCUCUCCAGCCUCUCAGGGCUGGGCGUCUCAGUCUCUGCACAUACAUUUCUGCGUGCCUGGCAGAUAUCUCAGCUUGGACAUUGGCCCACCACCUCAAGCUCAACCUUGACAAGACAUAAUUGCUCUUUCUCCAGGGGAAGGCCUGCCUGCUCCAAGACCUCACCAUCACCAUUGACAACUCCACUGUGUCCCCCUCCCAGAGUGCGAACAACCUUGGCGUGACCCUGGACAUCACCUUGUCGAUCUCUGCAAACAUCAAAGCAGUGACUAGCUCCUGCAGGUUCAUGCUCUACAACAUCUGUAGAGUACGUCCCUGCCUCACACAGGAAGCAGCGCAGGUCUUUAAUCCAGGCACACCAUCGGGACUACUUCAACUCUCUGUUGGCUGGGCUCCCAGCUUGUGCCAUAAAACCCAGCACCUCGCUCCUCCGCACAUUCCAAUACAUUUUAGUCAUUAUCCAGAGCAACUUAGUGCGUUUAUCUUAAGAUUGUUAGGUGGGACGACCACAUAUCGCAGUCAUAGUAGGUACAUUUUUCCUCAACGAAGCUAUCAGCAAAGUCACCGCUAGUACGUGGGGGGGGUUGGGUUGAGAAGGGGGGGCUGCUGUGGGAUUAUUUAACAUAGUCUUUGAAGAGGUAGGGUUUCAGAUGUUUUCGGAAUACCACCAGGGACUCUGCUGUCCUAGCUUACGGGCAAGAUGGUUCCACCAUUGGGGUGCCAGGACAGAGAAGAGUUUGGACUGGGCUGAGCAGAGCUGCCCUCCCGUAGGGAUGGGAGGCCCAAGAGACCAGAGGUUUCAAAACGGAGUGCUGGGGUGUAGGGUUUGAACGUAGCCGGAAGGUAGUGAGGGACUGUUCCUCUUGCUGCUCCGUAUGCAUGUCCCACAGCACCCCCCUCCCCCCCACCCCCCCAUGCCAUUCGUGAGCUAACACUCGCACUUGAUUUUUCCCCCCUUACGAGCUUUGACUUUUCUGAUUUAAAGGAAAAUGUACUUACUAUGACUGUAAUAUGUGGUUGUCCCACCUAGCUAUUUUAAGAUUAAUGCGAUAAUUUGUAAGUUACUCUGGAUAAGUGUCUGCAAAUGACUAAAAUGUAUACUGUGAACAGGUUUUCUUGAUUAGUAUCUCUCUCGCUUUGUCUUCUGUCUCUUUAUCCCUCUCUAUUUCUCUCACUCACACACAUACACACACCCACCUGAAUACGGAGUAGCUUCCUGGGUGGGUCGAUUUCCUCAUGCUACUGAGGCCAUGAUUUGUACAUUGAAACAUUACAUUCUCUGACCUCUCCCCUCCCCCAAGGUCUGUGGGGUUGAACUGUUCCAUUACAGACCCAGGGCUUUAAUGUAAUAACACCUCUCAGAGAGCACAGAGGGAGAGGAAUCGCUGUGUGCACGCACUGUGUGGGGGCUAGAGAGAGUGGUAUACACCGGGUGUGAGUUAGGUCACUGGGUUUUGUGUGUGUAUUGAGGAGGAGGUUGAUCUUGUCAUUCAUGUUUGUUUGUGUGGGGGCUAGAGAGAGUGGUGUUAUAGCUUUGCUCUGUGCAUAUCGAGGCUUUGCCGUUGAUAUAUUUUGAUAUGUAUAUACAUCGAGUGUAUAAAACAUUAGGAACAUCUUCCUAAUAUUGAGUUGCACCCCCUUUUGUCCUCAGAACAGCCUCAAUUCAUCAGGCAUGGACUACAAGGCAUCAACAGUGUUCCACAGGGUGCUGGUCCAUGUUGACUCCAAUGCUUCCCACAGUUGACUGGAUGGCCUUUGGGUGGAGGACCAUCCUUGAUACACACGGUGAACUGUUGAGCGUGACAAAUCCAGCAGCAUUGCAGUUCUUGACACACUCAAGCCGGUGCGCCUGGUAUCUACUACCAUACCCUUUUCAAAGGCCCUUAAAUAUUUUGUCUUGACCAUUCACCCUCUGAAUGGCACACAUACACAAUCCAUGUCUCAAUAGUCUCAAUGCUUAAAAAUCAUUUUCUAACCUGUUUCCUUCUCUUCAUCUCCACCGAUUGAAGUAAGAUCAAUAAGGGAUCAUAGCUUUCACCUGGUCAGUCUGUCAUGGAAAGAGCAGGUGUCCUUAAUGUUUUGUUCACUCUGUGUAUACAAUGUCUCUUCACAAUUUCACCCAUAAGUUAUAUUACUGCUUAUUCAAUGUUUUGUACCCAGUGUAUUUUGUUAGUGUGUAUAUUUUGGUGUGGUGUAUGUAAUCCCAUUUCAGCCCCUGAAAACAUAAGGAGCUUUGCCCCUAGGGAAAGGAAACAAAUUAACAGUUACGCAGGCACAUGCCGUGGCUGUGUCACCUAGAUAUUGUCAGACACUUUCAUGACCUACAUUAAAUGGGGUGGUUUUCGGCAUCGAUUAACAGUGUGUGGGAAUGGCCUUGUACUGUAUUGUGCAGUUACACUAACUGACUGACUAUGUACCCUGUUACCCAUCUCCAUUUCUGAUUCAACUAUGACUGUUUUUAUAUAUGUUGUUUCACUUGGUGUCUUCUCUGCCUCGGGCUACUUGUUAAAUUCUCCAGAACACUAUUCUGCUGCCUCUCCUCUGCCCAAAAUUUCCUUCCACCCCUCCCUACCUUAACAGUAAAAUUACCCCCCCCCCAACCCCCUAAAAUAUGUAAUAAAAUAUAACUCUGUAGGGGGUUAUGGAAUUAUCACCCCUCAGAUGUGUACUGUACAUACAUCCCGUGUGUGUCGGAGAGCGAGACAGACUGCCAACAGUGGGGGUUAGAGGUUUGUUUCCAAGGCUGCUCGUAAUCUGCUCUACUGUCUGGUCCCCAGGGACCAUGUUUUCAUUUAGGUUGCCAUUACUGAUUGUACUGAAUCCUGCCUUCAGGGGAUUACAGUGCUGUCUGUCGCUGAAGGAAGCCUGUUUAUUCAUCUACCAGACUGUACUGAAGAACUCCAUGUGCUAACGGUGUUAGCGGACUCUGGUUUAAAACGUUCAUCACUGGCCUCCCAAUUGGCACAGCGGUCUAAGGCAGUGCAGUGCUAGAGGCGUCACUACAGACCCGGGUUCGAUCCGGGCUGAUUACAACUGACCGCAAACGGGAGUCCGGUCGGGCGAUGAAAAAUUGGCCCAGCGUCGUCCAGGUUAGGGGAGGGUUUGGCCCAGCGUCGUCCAGGUUAGGGCAGGGUUUGGCCCAGCGUCGUCCGGGUUAGGGGAGGGUUUGGCCCAGCGUCGUCCGGGUUAGGGGAGGGUUUGGCCCAGCGUCGUCCGGGUUAGGGGAGGGUUUGGCCCAGCGUCAUCCGGGUUUAGGGGAGGGUUUGACCGGGGGGGCUUUACUUGGCUCAUCGCGCUCUAGCGACUCCUUGUGGCGGGCCAGGCGCCUGCAGGCUGACCUCAGUUGAACAGUGUUUCUUCCGACACAUUUGUGCGGCUGGCUUCUGGUUUAAGCGGGUGGGUGUUCAGAAGUGUGGUUUGGCGGGUCAUGUUUAGGAGGACGCAUGACUCAACCUUCUACUCUCCCAAGCCCGUUGGGGAGUUGCAGCGACGAGACAAGAUCAGAAUUGGGGAAAAAUACAAAAAAUAUAUUUAAAAAACCAGUUCAUCACUGGCGUCUGUCUCGUCAGCCAUUUUGUGUUUGUUGAAAUAUUGAUUUUGACGACAUGAUUCAGAACCAUCUUUUAUCGUACAGCAUUCUAAAUACCAGAGCAUUCUAACACUGUCCUCACACAACUGUGGAUUUAUCUAUGUGAUUUAUAACUAUAACCCACAUCAACCCAGUGUGCAUGGAGGAGGUGAGACCAUGCACUGGUGUGUAGCAUAUUCCCCUUUGUGAAAAAGAUGGAUGGAGAUAUAAUUACAGUGAAUGUGCUUUCGGUUGGGAAGAGGAAUGCCGGGAUAGAGUGGGGAUUCAUUAUCCUAGCGCUCUGAAGUUCCUGUGUUGACACGUCUGCUCCUGCGCCUCCCCUCUGGCGUAAGACAUGGCCAGAGUACAAACCACCCGGUCCUGGGAUACAUCAUUACACGCACCUGUGAAUCAUUAUGAUUCACACCUGGACUCCACUACCUUCAUCAUUUCCUCCCCUUUACGUGUCACUCUCCCAGGUUCACUCACCAGUUGGUAUUGUUCUUGUGUAUCGGUGUACUGCCUCAUGUUAGUGUCGUGUUCUUGGUUUUGUUGUUUUAUUAAAACGUUUC